UUGGGGGAGUAGCCAAACCCGCCCGUACCCCCGCUUCCCCUCCCCUCCUCUCCGUUCCGCUGCGCUCAGCUCCCCGCGGGUAGAAGCGAGUCAGUCGCGCAGCCCAUCUUACGGGGACCAGGCGGGAGCACUACCCGCGAGCCAGACACUGCCAACGGGGUGCGCGUAUUUUUCAGCCAGUUUUAAAACCGACAUAUUUGCCCGCAGGUGACGGAGCCAAAGGGUUGUUUCACGAGGAUUUUGUUGCUAUCAGACAGAUGCGAACCGUUACUUCGCAAUCAGGAGUUGAUCUGUUUACUGUUCUUUUCCUUGGAAUGUCGGCAAUGAAUGCGCGCGGAUAUACAUAGGAAGAAGCCUUUUAACGACAGGAUGCAGGAGAACUGACAUACUCCUUCGCGCGCUCUGUCUCUCUCACACUAUUAAACACACGGAGUGACACACCGUAAAACAGUCUUUCUCACGACGAGUCCAACUCUUGCUCCGACAGAGCCUCGCAACCGGCCCCUCGCGAUCAGGACGGGAACACUGUGGAGAGCCUCCUGUCAUGAUGAUCGUGCGUCUCGUGCGUCUCGCGCUGACGCUGUACUUGGGUUUGGCGAGUGGACUAGUAACCGGGCUUUCUCUGACACCCUCCCUCGUGCCGACCGAGAGCACGUGUGGAGGCCGAAUUGUCAUCUCCAGUCCUGGCUACCUGACGUCCCCCUGGUACCCGAGCAACUACCCGCUGUCUGAGCAGUGCGAGUGGGUCGUGGAGGCGCCUGAGAAGGACCAGCGCAUCCUCAUCAACUUCAACCCGCACUUCGACCUGGAGGACCGCGAGUGCAAGUAUGACUACAUUGAGGUGUAUGACGGAGCGGAUGACAAGGCGACUCUUCUCCUGAAGCAUUGUGGGAAGAUCGCCCCUGGGCCCAUCCAGUCGAGCCAACAGCAAGUGUUCAUCCGCUUUGUCAGCGACUAUGAGACAAGCGGGGCCGGCUUCUCCAUACGCUACGAGAUCAACAAGCUGGCUCAUACGGACUGCUCGGCCAACCUGACGGGUCCGAACGGAGUUCUGCGUUCGCCGGGCUUCCCGGAGAAGUACCCCAACAACCUGGCGUGCAGCUACACGGUGUGGGCCCCGUCGGGCGAGGAGAUCCAGCUGCUGUUCCACGCCUUCAGCCUGGAGCCCGACACCACCCCACCCACCGGCGUCACCUGCCGCUUCGACUGGCUCGAGAUAUGGGAUGGAUACCCACUAGUGGGUCAUUUCAUCGGACGUUUCUGUGGUGACAGUAACCCUGGCCGGGUGGUGUCUCACACCGGCAUUCUGACCAUUACGUUCACCACAGACAACGCCAUCGGCAAAGAGGGAUUUGAGGCCUCCUAUACCAUACGCCAGAGAAGACACACACACCACAACUCACAAGCAGACUCCUGUAUGGACCCGUUGGGGAUGGAGUCAGGUGACAUCGGUCCAUCUCAGAUCCGCGCCCGAUCCCAGUACAACCCCAGCUGGGCACCCGAGCGAGCCAGACUCAACUACAAAGACAACGGCUGGACACCCUCAGAGGACUCCAGCAGGGAGUGGAUAGAGGUGGAUCUGGGCUUCCUGAAGUAUGUGUCUGCCAUUGGAACUCAGGGUGCCAUCUCCAAGGAGACCAGGAAGUCCUACUACGUCAAGACCUACAAAGUUCUCCUCAGCACCAACGGAGAAGACUGGCUUCCAGUCAAAGAAGAAGGGAAACACAAGGUGUUCAAGGGGAAUGAUAAUCCAGUUGAUGAGGUCCGCUGCUAUCUUCCUAAGCCCGUUCUGACCCGGUACCUUCGCAUCCGCCCUGUGAGCUGGGAGAACGGCAUAUGCAUGCGCUUUGAGCUGUAUGGCUGCAGAGUGUCAGAUGCCCCAUGUUCGGCCAUGUUGGGGAUGGUAUCGGGGCAGAUCGCUGACUCCCAGAUCUCCGUGUGGCCUCCGGUGGAGCGCAGCUGGCUGGCGGACUCUGCUCGGCUGAUGACGGAGAGUAAUGGCUGGGCGCUGGCGGCGUCGGCCCUGGCGCCCGUGAUCCCCCCUGCCGAGCCGCCCUUCCUGCAGCUGGACCUGGGGAGGGAGCGUCUGGUCAGUGGGCUGGUCGUGCAGGGGGGCCGGCUCAAGGAGAAACCCGUCUUCGUCCGGCGCUUCCGUGUGGCGCACAGCACCGACGGAACCAUCUGGAACAACGUCCUGGAGCAGAACAGCACUCACAACAAGCUGUUUGUGGGGAACCUGAAUCAUGACACCCCGGAGGUGCGUGAAUUGGGGCCACUGUUGAUGCGUUUCCUGCGGGUGUACCCCGAGCGUGGCGCUCCUGACGGCAUGGGCCUGAGGCUGGAGGUCCUGGGCUGCGACCCCCAGGCGCCCACCACCCCUCCUCCUCCCACCACGCCCACGGUUACCACGGCAGCUGUCACCAUGACGACGGGCGCCACAACUCCCCCUCUGACUCCACUUGCCACUGUGACACCUGAGGAUUGUGAAGGGCAUGAAGGAUGUGAUGAUUAUGGACCAACAGAAGACAAUCCUGGACCAGUUGUGAUACUAGAGGACCCCUUUCCCAUACCUGAGUAUCUUUGGUUCUCCUGUGAUUUCGGCUGGGGAAGCCCCUCCUACUGUACCUGGACACCGGAGACAGACGGUGGAGCCGAUUGGCUAUUCCACAUCCCUGGCACCACCCCCAACCCACCAGUGCCCAAUCAGGAGCACACAGGAAGUCCCGGAAUAUUCAUCUAUGCAGCUCCGUCUUCAGACAGCCUGGAGAGAGAGACAGAACUGGGCUCGGAGGGAGAGAAAGAAUGGCAGGAAGAGAGGAUAAUAGAGGGAGAGAAAGAAUGGCAGGAAGAGAGGAUGAGUGCACGCCUGGCAGGUCCAGUGCUGACGGCACCGGUGUCUGAGAUGUGUGUGUCCUUCUGGUACAAUACGGGCAAAGCGCACACACACUCUGACUCCCUGCAGCUGAAGCUUCGGAGGCUGAGAGAGCGGGAGGUGGAGGAGGAAGAGGAGGAGGAAGAGGAGGGGGAGCAGGAGAUGGAGAUGGAGAGUCUCCUGUGGAUGGUUGGGGGGGAACAGAUGCCACGCUGGAGAGAGGGACGUGUGCUGCUGCCCUCUGCCAACACCUCCUAUCAGGUGGUGUUUGAGGCUGUGAUUGGCAGCCAUAGCUCAGGUGGCCUGGCUCUGGAUGAUAUAAAGAUUCUGGAUCAGAUCAGCCCUGCAGAGUGUAAAGACCCUGAAGAUAAGCCCCUGUCGACAUCCUCUUCCCCUGAGGUUCUGUCCUUGUCCACCACUCCUGGGGUCCUCUUCUUCACCUUUCCUACAGAUUCCCCAGUAACCGGCAUGAGCAGUGGGCUAGGUUCCGGUUCGUCUGGUUCUAACGGCGCCUCUGUGGGUUCUGGAAUGGUUCUGCGUUCCCUGGACCCCAUCCUGAUCACUAUCAUCGCCAUGAGCGCUCUGGGGGUUCUGCUGGGGGCUGUCUGUGGGGUUCUGUUGUACUGCGCGUGUGGACAGCCUACAGACGGUACUGGUACCGAGGGACAGGGCUCGGAACCGCCACGGAACAUCUCGGCCAUGAAGAGCUACAACUUUGAGCUGGUGAAGAAGGAGAAACUGAACUCACAGAAGUCUUUCAUGGAGGUGUGAGGAUGCAAGGGGAUUCACACACACACACACACACAUACACGCACACAGAUUGAAAAGGUGGGACAAAAUAUGUCACACACACUGCCACGUCCAGGCAUACGCAUACAUAAACAUACACAUCAACACACACCACCACGUCCAGGCAUACAUAAACAUACACAUCAACACACAAUUGAACAAAGAGACAGAGACUCUUGGGUGAAGUUGUUUGGAGAGCAAUGAUAACUCCUGCAGGACGUCACUCACGGAUUCCAUUGAGAGACACAGGGCUGUCACACAGAAACCUUUUAACUGGACAUCUGAUGGACCUGUCAGACAGACAGGAUGCAGAACAGGACAUCUGAUGGACCUGUCAGACAGACAGGAUAUUGGACAGAGCUUCUUUGGGGUCUUCUUUAGCGCGUUUUAUAGCAGAACAGGACAGGAGGACAUUGCAGGACAGGAGGACAUUGGACAUGAAGUGUUUCAUGAAGUGUUUGUGUAGAAUUCCUCUGCAGAGUGGACACAUUGAGUGGACAUGUGUGUGGGACUCAGUAGAACUGCACUAUUGGAGGUCGUGCAGAAGAUUGUGCCAAGUGUACAGUUCAAGAAGGUGUGUGUGUGUGUGGGAAUGUGGUGUGAACUGCUACUUGUUUCCUCUCAGCGGAUUCUGCUGCUUUGGCCUGCGGGUGUGUGUGUGUGUGUGUGUAUGUGUCCACUCUAAAAAAUGCUGGGUUAAAACAACCCAAAUUCAAACCAAGUUCUGGGUUAUUAACUAGCAAUGCAAUGAAAUAAAACAAGUUUGAUAUUUA